UCUGCCCACUGCCUGAAAUUCAAGAUUACUGCUGCAAGAUUGAGAGAAACGACUCCGGAACAGAAACUCUGAAAAUUAGGAUAUUUAUGAAGACAAUAAGUACAUCACAGAAAACUGACAAUGCUGAGAAAGCGCCAACAUGAGCAAAGCCCACCUCACGAUGCUCAUGAAACAGCGGAACAUGGCAAAAGACGUAAAACAGAAGUGGAUCCAAGAUUCAGCUGUCAGCAAUGUGAACACAAACAGAGUGAGAUGGAAGCAUUUUAUAAGGAGAAACUUAAUGAAGCCAGGUCUGCUCUGAAACAAAAAGAGGCAGAACUAAGAUCUUUCAAAAACAGAGUGGCAGCAAAUAUGGCAGUUUCAAUAAAGACAUCAAACACUGAGAGCAUGAACAACCCAGUCAGUAAAACCAGACUGACUGAGAUGUACGACAACCUGAAACUGCUGCAGUGGCCUAAAGUCAAAGAUCAGCUGAAAUCCAGGAAGAUCAACCCAAAGGAGGCCAAAGAUCUGAUUCAGAAAAUCUUUGCAGCUGCAUUUGAAGAAAUGAAGACAAAGACACAGCAGAUAGACAAAGUUUUUGGGCUGACUGAGUCCAGCAGUGAAAUGACUCCUCAGAAGGUUAAAGAGUACAGACUGCUAACAGUUCAGAACCUGCAGAUGGUUCUGUUCCACACCAACAAAGAAGAACUUCUGAAGACUGGUUUCCCAGAACAUGUCGGUCCAAACACAGAGGAAGUGAAGGUGGUUCUGAGACCUCUGACCUCUGAAUGCUACUGGCUGAGCUGCUUGAUGGCUCUAAACAAUCCUCCUCUUCAGCUGGACUGGAGGAACCAUGUUCCUUCAAUGGACCCUUGGGACAUUUUCCCUCAAAAAAUAAAACCUCUAACUGCCAUGUAAAAUAGGUUGUUGGAUUUUCUUCAUCUACUCUAUAUAUGGAAGACAAACUUAUUGAUACUCUUGGCAAUUUAGGUUUAAAGUCUUUCUCAAACUGUGGUCUUCAGACCACUGGUGGUCCCCAGGUACUGCCGUGACAUGAGCUCAAAGUGUAACGCUAUAGCUAGCUUACAAAAAGAUUGUGUUUAGCAAUAAUAAUGGAAAACUGGCUUGUUCACUAGUGACUGAAUUCCUUUCAAUGGUAGGACUUGACUCACUUAGUCAGAACAGUUUUUUGGUUUUUAUGAAUUUUCUUGCUUAUAAUGCUCUGCUUACAC